CCACUCUACACCCCAUUCACAGUUUCACACCAGCAAACCGAAUUAGUCGAAUUCAAGUUUCGUCACGGGACAAUAACACCCUGGUUGACUAAAAUCUUGACCACGGUUCCUUCUGUUCUGUAACCCCCCCUCACCUCCUUCUUCCGCCUCCUCCAUAUAAACCCCCUCACAACCCAACCAACUUCAAAGCUCAACAAUCAGAACCAGAAACCCCAAAACCAAGAAGAUCCAAACAGAAAAUGAUGAGAAUCCGAAACUCCAUACCCCCCCAUCUUCCUCUUUUCUUCUUCCUCCUCCUUCAUCUUUUUCAUCCUUCACAAGCUCAGGACCAGAUACAACCCAACACCACCGGCUACCAGUGCCCCGCUAAUCAGACCGGCUCCGGCUACCCGUGCCGGACCUACGCCUUUUACCAAGCUUCAGCUCCUAAUUUCCUCGACCUCGCCUCCAUUGGUGACCUCUUCUCCGUUAGUCGCCCCAUGAUAGCACAACCAAGCAACAUUUCUUCUCCUAAUUCAACUUUAGCCCCAAACCAACCCCUCUUCGUUCCUUUAUUUUGCUCCUGCAACUUCAUCAACUCAACCUUCGGUGCCAUCUCCUAUGCGAAUCUCUCCUACACCAUCAAGAAAGGAGACACGUUCUACCAAGUCUCCUCGUUUAGCUACAGGAACCUCACGACCUACCAAUCCGUUGAAGUCGUGAACCCCACCCUUAUCCCGACGAAUUUGACAAUCGGUGUCAGCGCCGUGUUCCCUGUGUUCUGCAAGUGCCCUAACACGACGCAAUUGCGAAACGGAGAGAACAUCCUGAUUUCCUACGUGGUUCAACCGAAUGAUAACGUAUCGUCGAUCGCCACCAUGUUUGGAUCGAAACCGCAGUCAAUAAUCGAUGCUAACCGUAAAAAUUUCCGAGAAUUUGAUACUAUCUUCGUUCCAGUGUCGCGAUUGCCGGUGCUGACGCAGCUUCCGGUUAAUACUUCGGCGCCGCCGGCUUCGUCCCCUGCCGCAUCUGUAACUUCCCGCGACAGAACAGGAACUGUGAGAGGAUUGGCGAUUGGGCUAGGGAUUGUGGGGUUACUGUUGAUUCUGGUUUUGGGGCUGUGGGUUUACAGAGAGGCUCUAUUCAAGGACAAAUUGGCGGUGGUGGUCGGAGAUGAAGAGAAGCAUAAGCAGAGCUUUGCGACGGGGACGAAGGGAUCGAAGGAAGCGGAGGCGAAAUUGAUGGCGAAUGUGUCGGAUUGUUUGGAUAAGUAUAGGGUUUUUGGGUAUGAAGAACUGAGAGAAGCCACAAAUGGGUUUGAUCAGAGAUGCUUGAUUCUUGGGUCUGUGUAUAAAGGAACCAUUGAUGGAGAGGUCUAUGCCAUCAAGAAGAUGAAGUGGAAUGCUUACGAGGAGCUCAAGAUCUUACAGAAGGUGAACCAUGGGAAUUUGGUGAAGUUAGAGGGCUUUUGCAUUGACGACGAUGAAGCAAACUGCUAUCUAGUCUAUGAAUAUGUUGAAAACGGAUCCCUCUACUCAUGGUUGCAUGAAGACCGGACCGAGCGGUUGAACUGGAAAAUGAGGCUGCACGUCGCCAUUGAUGUAGCCAAUGGCUUGCAAUACAUCCACGAGCACACAAGGCCAAGGGUUGUCCACAAAGACAUCAAGAGUAGCAACAUCCUCUUGGAUGCUAACAUGAGAGCCAAGAUAGCUAAUUUCGGACUCGCAAAGUCCGGAAUGAAUGCCAUCACAAUGCACAUUGUGGGAACUCAAGGUUACAUAGCUCCUGAAUAUUUAGCCGAUGGUGUAGUCUCAACCAAGAUGGAUGUGUUCUCUUUUGGGGUAGUUCUGCUUGAACUAAUCACAGGCAAAGAAGCCAUUGAUGAUAGAGGAAAUCCCUUGUGGACAACUGUGGUAAGAGCUUUUGAAUUGGGUAGUGACCAAGAGAAGAACAAGAGACUAAGGGAAUGGUUGGAUAGUUCUCUCUUGAGAGAGACAUGUUCAAUGGAAAGUCUCAGGAGUGUGCUUAAUGUUGCCCUUGCUUGCUUGCAUAAGGAUCCAACAAAGAGGCCUAGCAUGGUGGAUGUUGUUUAUGCUUUGAGUAAAAGUGAAGAUUCUGGUUUUGAUACCUCAGAUGAUACCAUGGAUUCACCGUUAGUAUCAGCAAGGUGAAUCAACUAGAUGCCUCAUAAUCUUCUAUAUUCAUAGAAAUAAAUUUGCCUAUAGAUAGGGGUUAAAAAAAAAAAAAAAGAGGAAUAAUCAGUCAUAGUGCACUUGAAAGUAAAGAAAGAGAUAAGAGACAAAUAAGAUAGGUCCUACAUUUGAUAAUGCGGGGGACCCACCUUUUAGAUUCAAAUGUUAAUGUUUAUGUCAUGAGUAGAAGCACAAAUAUAUGAAUAUGGAAGAUUCUAUUUGAAACUAAUCAUGAUUUGCAAGACACCAUUGUGGGUGUAAUAAUAAGUUUGUGGAAGGGAAAAAUGUUUUUCAGGUCUGUCUAUCAAGUUUAGAUUAAAUGCGAAGCAUAUAUUUAUGUGAAUGUGAGGUUGAUUUGUUGGAAAGUC